AUGACAGCCUUUGAUCUCGGUUUCACUCACUCACACGAGUACUCUCCCGUCAACGUGAACUGGCCAGCUGUCCACAUUCAUAUGCUGCCAGUGGAACUUCUACAGCAGGUUUUCUUGCUCGUCGUCAAUGACGUUCCAGACUGUCCUGGUGUCUUCGCCUAUGGAGAUACCACCAUCUCUGCCAAUGUUGGCAGCCCUCCCCUAGUCUUCACCUAUUCGUGGCUUGCACGCUCUGGUGAUCAACCCCUCACCCUCCGCAUCUUAUCCGGAGAGCUUCCCGUACGCACCACACGCCGCUGCACACGACAGUCGUGCCACGAACCCUCACAGGCAGAUUCUCAACUGCUCGGAAUCCUUCUUUCUGAGAGCAAGCGUUGGGGAACUGUGGCUCUGGUGUCCGCAGAUGACUGGAAUCACAUACUCCCACCUGUCACAAUGUGCGUCAUCUCUGGGUGGAGAGUGCUUCUGCCCGCGUCAUACGCUCCACUUUCCUCAUGUUCCCUCGUAUGGAGUCCAUCAAGGUGGAUGCAAUCAAAUCGGAUAUUGGCCAUCCACAUAUUUCAACCACCCAUCCUUUGCCUCGAAUCGAUCACUAUCCCCAUCCCCUCAGAUCCUUUUCAACAACGCGAAGUUCUCAAAAUAUUUGGCGAACUUUGUCUUCCCAUGUUGCGCAAAUUGACGCUUGUGGCGGAUCCGGAAGAAUCGGAAGUUUCUUGUAUUAUGACAGCGCUGGAAAUUGCAUCAUGCGACGUACAGGUGGUAGACUUUCAGACAACCAUACCGUUGGGCGAAGUUGAUGUGGAUGUCAUUGAGCCAUUGUUUUCGGUCGCGAGGGAGAACAGCCAUUACAUAGAACGGCGUACAGCCGUAAGGGACCUUGCGGGGAACCUACCAAACUACACCAAGCGGACAAAGGGUUUGAGAGAUCCGGAUGCCGUGUUCGAAAGCAAAGGAAGAGAGACGUUGCAGAAUGUCAUUCUGGACAACGUUGCGAGAGCGACCAGCUUUAAGGGCUUGAACACAACCCUGGUUGUCAGAACGGAACCGCACGUGCACGUCACGAAGACCCGAGCAGACAAGGGCGCGAAGACCGAGGUCGAUCGCUACCAUUUCUGCCCAUCCGAUGUCCCGACCAUCUGCUCUCCAACCGUCCAACAAUUCCCAAGCGAGCCAGCGGGAAUCAGCGAGGAAACCGAUGCCAAAUGA